AGAGCCGCGGUCACGCGCCCGCCCGAAGGCUCCUGUCGGGACAGGGCGCCGCCCAGUGUCGGCCCCCGCAGAGGUCGCGGCCCCCGCCUGUCCUGGCGCCGCCAUGGAGCGCAUCGAGGGGGCGUCCGUGGGCCGCUGCGCCGCCUCACCCUACCUGCGGCCGCUCACGCUGCAUUACCGCCAGAAUGGUGCCCGGAAGUCCUGGGACUUCAUGAAGACGCAUGACAGCGUGACCGUUCUCUUAUUCAACUCUUCUCGGCGGAGCCUGGUGUUGGUGAAGCAGUUCCGGCCAGCUGUGUAUGCGGGUGAGGUGGAGCGCCACUUCCCAGGGUCCCUAGCAGCUGUAGACCAGGACGGGCCUCGGGAGCUACAGCCAGCCCUGCCUGGCUCAGCUGGGGUGACAGUUGAGCUGUGUGCCGGCCUCGUGGACCAGCCUGGGCUCUCGCUGGAGGAAGUGGCUUGCAAGGAGGCUUGGGAGGAGUGUGGCUACCACUUGGCCCCCUCUGAUCUGCGCCGGGUCGCCACAUACUGGUACACUGCGAUGGGCUCCUGACCCCAGCUGAGGUCUUGGGGAAGGAGGAGGGUGUCACAGAGACCCCCACCCCCACCAGCUGAGCACCAGCCUCCACAGCCUCCUCCAGAGGCCAGGGCCCGCUCCACUGGGAGAAGCACCGGAAGUCUCUGCACCUGUCAGCCUGGCACAUGGGCCACUCAGGGUUGAGCCUGGGGCCCUCCCACCUCAGCAGCCUCAAGGACUUCACCUGGGCACGUUCCUGGCUAGGUGGGUGGACUCCCAAGUUAAAGGCAGCAUUUCCACGCUGGGCCAGGCAUGGUGGCUCACGCCUGUAAUCCCAGCACUUUGGGAGGCCGAGGCAGGCGGAUCACCUGAGGUUAGGAGUUCGAGACCAGCCUGACCACAUGGAGAAACCCCGCGUCUGCUAAAAGUACAAAAUUAGCCAGGCGUGGUGGCAGGAGCCUAUAAUUCCAGCUACUCGGGAGGCUGAGGCAGGAGAAUCACUUGAACCCAGGAGGCGGAGGUUGUGGUGAGCCGAGAUUGCGCCAUUAUACUCCAGCCUGGGCAACAAGAGCGAAACUCUGUCUCAACAAAACAGAAUUUCCACGCUGAAGGGUGGACUUGGAUGUGAAGGAUGGGCCUUGGUUUUCUGCAGGUGUCUACCCCGUGGCGGGCCAUGCCCACUGUGCCCCCAGCUCCCCGGCCCAUAGUACUGAGCACAGCUGGGAGGCAUGGGAGAGGCUGGAGUCCCCUUGGUCCCCCUGGAGGAGGUGGGCCCGGGCAGAGUCCUGGCAGAGGGACCACAUGGCACAGGCUCUCAGGGCAAGUGGUCAAGCAGCCCUGGCCGCGGUGGUUCUACCGGCACAGCCUCUGGGCCACAGCCUGAUUGUGAGGGUGCUGGGGAGCCAAGGAGGGCUCUGGGAAGUAGGCAUCCUGCUUAGACUUGCAUUGUGAAGAGCAGGCCGUGGCUUCAGGGACGCAGGGCUGGAGAUGCGGCUGACUAGGGGGCAGGGUGUCUGUCUCUGAGGGCCCGAUGGGGGGCUGGACUGACAGCCAAGUUCACCCCCCUGUGGCAGGGCCCGUGGCUCCCUGUCUGUGACUCUGGAGGUGAGCCAGGCCUCUUACCUGCCGCUGCAAGGACGAGGCCCAGGGAGGCAGUCAGCUUGGGGCCUGAUGGAGUGAAGUUGGAACGUGCCGUGGGGUGGGGGAGGCGUUGCCCAGCCUGGCUGGCAGAUUCCUCUCAGCCCGGGCCAAGGGCCGGGCCUGUCUCCUUCACAAGCCGGCGGAAACCGGGGCUGGAAACCCCAGACCCGCCACUUCCCUCAGAGGCGCAGCCGUGGCCGCCGCCGGAAAUGGGCUAUCAGGAAGGGGUCUGCGGGAGGUGAGGGGCUAGAGGGCAAGGAAGCAGCUUGGUAAGGUCGGUCUGGGGUGGGUCCCCCCCUGGAGGUGGGGAGGCCUUGGGGGUGGGGCAUGGAAGCCCCCAAUUCUGUUCCCUGCCCCUGCAUGUUGGGCACAUCUCAGAGGGUGGCCUCUACCCUGCAGGCCUCCGGCUGGCCUUGGUUCAUGGCACCCGACAGCCCCUCCUGUGGCGAGCCAGGGCUCCCCCACCCCCUGGUCAUCUUCCCAGAUGCCCCUCAGUCCCGUUUCUCCCCAGAUCCACACGUGGACUUCCCCCUCCUGUUCCAGAAUGCAGCCCAGCCCCUCUGCCAUCCUGUCCUCCCAGCCCGUGGUCUCCUCCGCACACGCCAGUCUAGGCUCCUUCCCUUGGUGCCUGACCCCUCCUGGCUGCCAGCAGCCCCCUUCUGGCCACUGCCCACUGAGGGAGGGGGCUCCCUCUCACCCCUCCCCAGCCUGGGCCACUGGGCCUGAUACUGAGGACCUCGCUGCCACUGCACCCCACUCUGCCAUGCUACGGGCCGGGUGGGGGGGGGGUGGUCAGUGCAUGCUGUCCCUAGUCUGAAACUUGUGUCCUGUGGGUGCCUGGUGGGGAACCCUCGCGGGAAGGCCUGGUGGGGAACCCUCGUGGGAAGGCCGUGCCGGGCCUGCUGGGUUUGUCUCUGCUUCCCAGCCAGCCUGUGUCCCGGGGUAUGGGCUGGGGUCUGGCAUGGGGCUCUGCAGCCGGCCACAGACUGAGGGGCUCCAAACAACACUGGGAACAGCCUCAGGGUAUCUGUGGUUGGGGGCUGCAGACGGGGGUGGGGUCUUCUGCUCGGCCUUGACAGGUUGCAGGCAGGUUGUCAGCCGGAUCUGCAAUCUCAUGGGGGCUUGGGGUCUCCCUGGCUCAUGUGGUUAUGGCAGAAUUCAGCUCCUGGUGGCUGGGGACUAGGUCCCACCUCCCUGCUGACUGUUGGCCCCUCCCAGCAUGGCGGUUGCUUCCCCUUCAGGGCCAGCAGGACGGGUCUGAAUUUCUUCCUUUCUGGCGUUGAAACACCCUCCGGAGGGCUUCCUGAUCGGGCCAUGCCCGCCUAGGAUGCUCUCCCUUUUGAUGAGCUCAAGUCACUGGUUAGGGUCCUUAAUCACAUCUACAACACCCACCCCACCU